GGCAGCGCAGGCGCGGUGCCAGCCCCGGCCCGGAAGUGCGGCGCAGGCGGCGGCGGCGAGCGGCACCCCAUUUAAUAUUCAUAAUUAAAAUGGCAAAAACAACUGGUCCUUCUGAGCAACUGAUCCUCCACUCCAAAGCUCACAAAGAUACCAUUCUAGCUAAUUUUGAGGAACAAAGAAGAAAGGAUUUUCUCUGUGACAUUACUCUGAUAGUGGAGAAUGUGCAAUUCAGAGCCCAUAAAGCUUUGCUGGCUGCUAGCAGUGAAUACUUCUCAAUGAUGUUUGUAAAUGAGGGUGAAAUAGGGCAGUCAAUUUACAUGUUGGAGGGAAUGGUUGCAGACAUCUUUGAAGUUCUGCUAGAAUUUAUCUACACUGGUUACCUCUGUGCCAAUGAGAAGAGCACAGAACAAAUUCUGGCUACUGCGCAGCUGCUGAAAGUGACUGACUUGGUAUGGGCCUGUACAGACUACCUGGAAAGUCGCAGCCCAGGCAGUGCAUUGCCAGCUCCAGCUGAAAGUGGAGCCUUUUUUGUUGGAAGCGACAGGAAAAAUUAUGACCCACCAAAGCGAAAACGGGGGCGACCAAGGAAAAUCAAGGUUGUCCAAGAAGAAGAAUCAGGAGCAAAUUCUGCCGAAGAUGGGCAGUUGAGAGAGAACAACUCCAUGCAAAAUGAGCAAAAUUAUAUGAAAAAAGACACUGAAGUAGAAGAAACAGUUGCCAGUGAACAGGCUUCAGUGAUGAAAGAUGGAGAAGAAACUGAACCUGCUUGUGGCUCAGAGGCUACUGUUGAUCUGUCAGCUGAGAAAGAUGAAAACUACGAUCCCAAAUCUGAAGGAAUCCAGAACACUCAGAGCCGUUACAGCAAACGCAGAAUAAGGAGAUCAAUCAAACUAAAAGAUUAUAAACUUCUUGGAGAUGAGGAUGAGAAAGGACUGGCAAAGAGAACUGAUGGAAAAAGAAAACGUGUGGGUUCUGAAGCUUGCUGUAAAGACUGUGGCAAAGUAUUUAGAUGUAAUCACUUCUUGGCUAUUCACCAGCGAAGCCAUACAGGGGAGCGCCCUUUUAAAUGCAGUGAGUGUGGCAAAGGCUUCUCCCAGAAGCAUUCUCUUCAAAUCCAUGAGCGGAUGCACACUGGGGAACGGCCGUACACGUGCACCAUCUGCAGUAAGGCUCUGACAACAAAGCAUUCUCUUCUGGAGCACAUGAGGCUACAUUCAGGACAGAAGGCUUUUACCUGCGAUCAGUGUGGGAAAUACUUCAGCCAAAAUAGACAGCUCAAGAGCCACUAUCGACUACACACAGGCCGUUCACUGCCGGAAUGUAACCUGUGUCAUCGAAAAUUCAUGGAUACAGCUCAGCUAAAGAAACAUCUAAGAACACAUACAGGUGAGAAGCCCUUCACUUGUGAGAUCUGUGGCAAAUCAUUUACAGCUAAAAGUUCACUUCAGACUCACAUGAGAAUUCACAGAGGAGAAAAGCCAUAUUCUUGUGAUAUAUGUGGAAAAUCCUUCUCUGAUUCCAGUGCUAAGAGAAGACACUGUAUCUUACACACAGGCAAAAAGCCUUUUGCCUGCCCAGAAUGUAGUUUGCAGUUUGCUCGCCUGGACAACCUGAAGUCCCAUUUGAAAAUUCACAUCAAGGAGAAGCAGUUUCAGGAAGCCAGCACUACCCUGAACACCAACGCUCAUCCGGAAGAAGUGAGAAACGUUCUCCAGCUGCAGCAGUACCAGCUUGCCACCUCGGGAGGGCAGGAAAUUCAGCUGCUGGUUACGGAUGCAGUACACAACAUCAACUUCGUGCCCAGCCACAAUCAAGGCAUCAGUAUUGUGACUGCAGAAAAUGCCCCCAGCAUGACGACAGAGCAGGCUGCAAACCUCGCGCUCCUUGCGCAGCCACCGCAGCAGCUACAAAACUUCUUGUUUUCAGCUCAGCAGGAGCAAGCAGAACAAAUCCAAAGUAUCAGUGUGAUUGCAAACCAAAUAGAGGCUGCCCAGGCUGAACAAAUGCAUGUCAUCACUCUUUCCAAGGAAGCGCUAGAACAUCUCCAUGCUCAUCAAAGACAGAAUGAACAAAUCCACUUAGUGGGAUCUUCGCAUCUAGCUCAGCACGUGCACUUGGCUCAGGAAUCAAGUCAGCAGUCUCACUAGCCAUGAUACAGUUCCUUCCCAGCAAGUCAGUGAGGAACAGAAUCUGAAUCCCGUCAGCAGCCUCUGUCAGUAAAUGAGUCAUCUCAUGAGCAUCCUAUCCAAGGACAGGCUUUGUGAAAUGCUUGUUUGUCAGCAGAGGGCUAGGCCAGAGAAUGCUUCUCAUCCAGGCAGGGAUUACAUGUGUCACACUUUUUUUUUUUUGCGAUGUAAGCUAUCCAAAGAAGCAUUUCUUGGUGAUUUUGGAUGGGUGACUCAGAUUCCUUAACCAUAGUUAUUUUAGACUAUUUUGUUUUUCUGGGUUGGUAUUUCUUUGCCACUUAGUCCAUACCUCACAAGCAAUUAGUGUGCCUCAUACACAUCUCUGCCUCCUGAGGAGAUACUUAGUCCUUAUUUGUAUUUCCAUAUUUCGUAUUUCCAUAACUCUCCAGAAGAAUUCACCUUGCUGGUAGGAGAACAAUGUUUAGGACAUCUGCUGAUCACAAAGUACCACUUCUCUGACAAACUUAACAUUAUAUCUGAGCUACUGUCAAGCUUAAGACAACCAGUACUUUUUGCAAAGCUAACACCGUGUGUCUUAUGUUUAAUGAGCUAUUUCUCAGCAGGUUAAUGUAUAAUUCUCUAUGUAAUCAUUCCCUGAAGUGCAUUAUGAAUAACUGACUACCAAAUUCCUUUGGUUUGGGUUGAAACUGUUACAGCCUUUAACUGGCCCUGAAUCUUCCCUCCUGUUUACUGUGUGCUGUACACAUUUUGCUCCUCAGAAACGUUUAAGCCAUUGCACUUGAAUAGUGGCAAUGAGAUGUGAUGAUUACACUGGAGAACUGAAACCCGCGAAAUUCUGCUCUGUUAGUUCUACCACUCACUCCCUGUGUGACAGUGGGUAAGGUAGUUGACCUCUGUGCCUUAUUUCAUCAUCUAGUAAGUGGGGAUAGUGUUCACACACUCUGCCAAGCACUUUGAAGAGCUCUUGAUGUUGAAGGCACUGCCUAUUGAAGUGCAAAACUCUCUUCCUGACAGGACUCUGUCUAAGCGUAGGAGCCAGUGUUAUUUUUUGUACUUUUGAGAGAAGGACAUAAUCUUACUUUAAUAUAUGUUAGGACUGGUAAUUGUUUAUGUGAAGAUUCAAACAAUGAAGAGCAUCACUUCAGAGCAUAACAACUUACCUAAAUGGGGUGCAUCACUGAAAGUUGUACAAGAAUUUUUGUUGACUGAAUUAGAUGUGUACAGAUUGUUUUCAAUGACUGACUGCUAACAAAAAAGAUUUGACAUUGUAAUAAAAUGCCUUGCCAAAA